GGUGAGAGAGAGAAUGAAAGAACAGGAUAGCAAAAGUAUAAGAGCAACGAGAUAUUAUAUUUAGGCGGCAGAAAAGAAAAGUUUCGGUUGCCGUCGGCUUUCCGAAAUCGUAGUUCUCUUUGUCCAAUGACUAGCGGUGCGGCGGCGAGAUGGCGCUUGGGUGGGAGGCGCUCAACGAUUGGUCGAUUAGCCGACACUCGAAGUUGCUGCGAGAGUCCAGUCGCUCUCACGUUCUCGUAGCGGGCGCGUCGAGUACGUUCGUAUAUAUUCGUUCGUAAUAGUGCGACAGAGAAAGAGACAGAGAGUGAGUGAGAAAGAAAGAAAUAGGGAGUUAUACCGUGCUCUUUCCAUCUCUCUUCAUAGUGUGUGUGUGUGUGUGUAUAUGUUUCUCUCCCUCCCAUUUGGUCUGUCGUUCGGUGCCGUCUGCGCUCUCGCUCCCACCCGGCCAACAGCAAGUAGGAAGCCAGGCAGCAGCCACCCUCUCUCGCUUUGUACCCUCGCAACGGUGGUAGCGACGACGAUGUGAGAAACGUAAUGGCCACCCGUGGGCCUAGGAUAGAGAAAGAAUAAAAGGACCUUCUUUUAUUUCCUUUUUAUCUUUGGAUCCUUGCCGGUCUAGUCUUCUUUCAUCAAAAGUAUCCUGCUAAAAAGAGACAUAGAAUCGGUGCUACUAGAAAAAGAAAGAGACAGAGAUAGACAGAAAGAAAGACAGAAAGAGAGAGAGAGAGAGAGAGAGAUAGAAAAAAAGCAGAGCAGAACGUUCGGACGUUUAUUCGUCUUAUUCGUCGCGGUCUGUCGGUGAAUAGUGCGCGAGUAAAAAUAAAAAAAAUAAAUAAAUAAAAAAUAACAAGAAGAAGAAGAAGAAGAAAAUAAGCACCGUUGUUGGUGCAUCCUUAGUGUUACUUAUGUGUGCCAGCCAUUAUCGAGCGUACUUCGCUCCAACGAUCCUCAAGGUGUGGAAGACAGAAUUGGAUUAUAUUAUUAAAUCACUUUGGGUUAUCCAAGCGUCAUCGCAAAUUCUACCCUCUUUACCAAGGAUAUAUCAAAAAGUGACGUGAGUAUCCAACUUUCUAACAACGUGGAUCAAGGACUGCACGAGUGAACCGCACAGAGAGAUUCAUUUCGAAAUAAGAAGAAUAUAAAAAAAAAAGAGAAGUUGUUGUUUCCAAUGAAGUAUGAAAAAAGUAUCAAGGAUUAUUUCUUAUUUGCACAUUGGACGACUUGGCAGCAUAUUAUUGGAAGAACAGAAGAAGUCAACAAUUUGUUUUAAAUAAAAUUGAAAAUUUCUUGAGGAUAUUUAUGAUCUGUGAUAUCCAAUGAUGAUAAUUUCUAUUUACAAGAAAAAUAUUCAAUCUUAAGGAAACUUUUGACAUUUAGAAUAUAAUGUCAUUAUCGUAAUUAUUAAACAAAAGAAAAUUAUUUAAUUAUUAAUAUUAAUUGUUAAUUUAGACUUCAAGAAGUUGUCUUCUGUCAAAGAGUGAGGACAAUUUUUCUCAGUUCAUGCUAUUUAUUUAUUCUCAUUGUGAAUGAUUUAUCAAUUGACAUAACUAAUUGGGUUAUGAUAAAAAAAAGGGCUGGGAAACAACAACAAAAUAUAUUCAACAAAAUGUGACGGGCUAAUUUGGAACUAAAAACAAAUAUAUACAUAUAUAUAUAUCUAUAUAUGUCUAAGGAUGUAGAUAUAUAAAUAUCUGACUGAUUUGAGAUUCUAAACAAACAAACAAAAAUAUAAAAAAUGACGAAAAUAUCUACGAAUAUUAUUAGAGCUUUAAUGCUCCUCGCUAGGUAAGAAGAAUAAGAAGAAUAAAAGGGACAGGAAACUGUUCUAUUUCCUCCAGCAUUCAGCAUCCAGCAUCCAGCAUCAGGCCCUUAAACGAAAGAUCUAUUGAAUAAUUCAAAGAAUAAGAUUUUUCUUUCAAAUAGAAGAUGUGAAAAAUCUGGUGUAAAUGAAUGAACAAAAAGAAAAAAAGUACAUAUAUAUAUAUAUAUUAGAAAUAAUUGCAAAGACUGGUCCUCUCGUAAGUGUCCUUAUUUCGAGAAGAAUCCUGUUAUCAUCAUCAUCAUCAUUAUCAUCAUCGUGUGUUACAUAAUCUCUCUCAGUUGUUGAAAAAAAGCGUGAUAGUAGUGUUUUGCUGUUAUAAAUAAAUAUAACACAGAAUAUUUGGCUUAUAAAUAUCGUUUUAAAGAAAAUUCCUAUUGUAAAUCGGUUAUGGAAUGAUCCUGUGUUCGACCAAUAAACUUGGACGUUCGCUACGAGCACGCCUAAACAUUAUCGACGAGCAUCAUGAUAGGAGGAACGAUGCGUUUGCUUAUCCUGUCAUAUUUAAUUACAAUGCAAUUUUGUGCAAACGUUUGUUUGUCGAACGGUGACGGCGGCCCUAAUAGUCCAAUAUUCAAUCUGGAUCAUACGGCAUUGGAAAAGAAUCUUGCUGCAAUAUUCAUCAAGGUGGCACACAGUUCAGCUACUACGAAACGUAGCGUGCCAGCAUAUGACGCACAAGUAUCGGCUAGUACGACAUUGUCAACUGUACCAUCACCUUUAACGACAACAUUUAACAGUGCUACUACUACGAGUAGCACGAAAUUGAACAAAUCAACGACAACUACUACGACACCAAGAUCUACGACUACGACAACUAGUACAACGACUACGAGUAUCAGAACGAUAACAUCUGCAUCGAUCAAUCCUUCGUUACAUUCGAUAAGAAUUCCUAUACCACGUGCAACACCAGCAUCUUCCGGUAUACGUGAUUUACCAUCGUAUGCACCACCUUCGAGAGCCUUAUUUACACCACCAUUACCACCGGAAUACCUUCAUCCGUUUGCUGACAAACCAACGCUUAGGGGUACGAAUUCUGACGUGCAUACUGGCGCAAGAAGACCCGUACCACCACCUAGUCUUACUCCUGCUCAUGAGAGAAUACCCAUCAGACCACCUGACCUAGUCCAAGUGCCUGUUUCUUCCCAUGGUCCGGAAAGACACCCGCAUUCAAGGAACAAAGCAAUCAACACUAGCAACAAUAACGGCAAUUCUAAAUUUGGUAUUGAAUUUGGUGACAACGAUAAGAAAAAUAAUUCAAACGAGUUUGUACCGACGCUUCAUUAUCCAAGCAUAUCGCGCAUACUUUCUGGUAGCAAUGGUAGAAAACAAGACAUUCCUGAGAUUCUUUUGAAACCGCUUGCUACUAAAAGCCCUUUGCAAAACGUACCAUUGGUUAUAACGACUGAGAGAUUAAGUACGUCGACUGCCAUGUUGCCGGUAAUGACGGCAACAGCAAUGGGAACUAGUACUAUGAUGCCAAUUACAAGUAGUACAAUUGAUCCUUUUAAAAAGGUCACUCAACCGACUAUUUUCAACCUGCCAAAUACGAGAAGACAAGAGAACGAUGGGGAUUAUUUGCAUCGUAUGAGAACUGAGAAUGGUUUCAAAACUGACAAUAUUGAAAUAGUCGAUACCGAAAGACUGCCAAAUCCUCAACCUCAACCACCUGCACCACCGUCUAAAAGACCAAACGACAAAGACGAUGAUUCUUUGGUACCACACAUAGAUACUAAUCCAUUAGAAGCAACUUGGAAAAUUGCUUGGUCACUUCACGUUUACGUAGCAGCCAUCAUGUUUACCCUAAUGGCAUUGUAUUCGAUUUACAAGAUCGUACGUUUCAACGAAGCUACCAAUCUUCUUAGCCAAUCGUAUUUUCUUGCCGUUCAUCUAUUGUUAACUACCGUGUGUACAUUGAGAUGUUUUCAUUUGUUCUACGACGCGUACAAUUUGGGACAUUCCUUGCCGGAACCAUUGUCACGGGUUUUAAUGUACUUACCAGCACCGUUGUUGUCAGCAGCAUUCGCAACACUCAUGUUGUAUUUAGCCCGAUGUUCCGAAGCACCCUCGUUGAACAACAAACUGUUAUCACCAAUUUCCCUUGUUUUUUUCUCAACCAUACACAUCAUUCUAUGCGUCUCUCUCCACGUGUCAACUCACGUGUUGGGUUAUCGAGACGAAGCAAAGAUAUUACCCCUAGUUUGUCAGUGUAUUUACAUCACUGUAUGCGUAACCCUCGGUCUCUUCUAUGCUUACGUGUAUCGUGUCGUACGUUCUCAGAUACACAUUAUGAACAAUAAAACUGCUGGUGUUAAUCACGUAGUCGCUGGGAUUGAUCCAUCGACGGUGGCAUUGAGCACGGCCAUUACUACUACCAUAGCAACCGCUCUGGUCUUCGUAGUGAUGGGUUUUGUACAGCUCUAUGAUAUUUUUGGUAUACGCGAACGUUCCCAACCUUAUCCUUGGUUCUGGUGGGGUUGGCAAUUCCUCAUCAGGUUACUAGAACUGAUCGUUUGUGGAUUAUUGGUUUGGGUUGCUAGUCUCUCGCAAUAUCCAUUAAGGGAGAAACAAUUACAACAGCAUCCAGCUCAUUCGGGUUUUGCUUUAUUCCCAUGCGGGAGUUCAACGUCCACGGAAAAUAUGGACGACGUAUUGUAUCCAGCUAUAUGCAGUACCAAUCAAGCGAUACAGAAUUAUACCAUGAGGACUGGGAAACAGGUCUACGAUGACAGUUUUCCAUUAAACACCUUGCCCGAACAUUUGAACAUAUCAGGUACCUUCGAAAGGCAUUCCAUACGAAAAUCCGGCACGAUGGGUCAUUUUCCCCAUGAAGGAAGGGGAUCAUUGAGUCGUCAUGGCAAUGGUGUGCAAACUUUAAGAAAUUCUGAGACUCGUGGCAGGCAUACACCUGUCCCAGCUUUACACGAGCAAGCUCCAACGACCGGGUCUACGAUGCUGGUUGCUGAAGAUGGCUUCGUUAGGUUUCGAAGUUUAGGUGCGGAAGAAGACGAUUUGUCCGAUACCCAGAGUAUGGUUGGUACUCAUGGUAGAGGGAGUUCGUUGGCUGGUAGCGUUAGAUUUAACGCGAGGCAUAGCAACAUUCAACAUCAACAUCAACAACAUUCGCAGCAUCAGCAUACUAAUCCUCAUCAGCAUCAGCAUCAACACUCGUUGCAGCAGCAUACUCACCCAAGCCAACAUCAGACCAAUCAUCAUCAACUUUACAACAAUACGUAGAAGAGAUUCGUCGUCGUUGGUCGUGUUUAAUUAUUACGAUUAUGCGGCUCAGUGAAAACACCUACAAUUACAAUCGUUUAUUAUAUCAGCUGUUAAGAGGAAUUAAUACGACUUUGUAAUAAUACGGCUGAAUAAUUAAUCGAUAAAAAAGAGAACAUUUCGAACAAAUGAAAAUAUAUCGCGUUAAUUAUACAUAUAUA